AUGUUGAGCGCCUACUUUGGCCGACUCCCUGUUGUCUUUUGGUUUCUCCUCGUGUCGACGGCAACAGCAGCUUGGUGCGCCGGGGCCACUACGUUUGAGUCCUUCAUGGCAGCCCGCAUUCUCAAUGGCUUCUUCUCGACUGUUAGUCAGGCGGGCGGACUCAUGUUCCUCAAAGACAUCUUCUUCUUCCAUGAACAAGCGCGCAAAAUCAACAUCUGGGCCCCGUACAUGGGCCCUCUAUUAGCCGCCUUCAUCACGGAAACACAGCGUUGGCCGGUGCCGUUUUGGGUCUUCUUUGCGAUGAAUGUCCUUGGCCUGGGGCUGGUGGUCUGCUUUCUCCAGGAGACGUACUACGACCGCAUCAUCCCAAUCGAUGAGCAGCCAGCACGGGGUAGCCGGAUAUCACGGUUGACGGGGGUGGCGCAGUGGAAGUCACGCCACCUUCGCAACACAUUUGGGCAGGCAUGCUGGCGUACUGUUAUCGUGUUGACAAAGCCAACGGUAGCCAUAGCAUGCCUCUUCUACGCACUGACAUUCGCGUGGGCCGUUGGUAUCAACACGACACUUGCGAUUUUCGUGACGCCGCUGUACGGCUUCGCCCCGAGACAAGUCGGCUUCUUCUACUUCACGCCGGUAGUAGCCGUGAUCCUUGGCGAGUCAGCGGGGCAUUGGUUGCAUGAUGCACUGGCGAAGCGUUACAUUCGCCAACACAAAGGCCACUUUGAGCCCGAAGCUCGGCUGCGUGUAGUGUUUUUCUCGAUGCCGUUCGUCAUUGUUGGCCUGGUGCUCAUCGGGCAGUGCUUCGAGAACGCAUGGCAUUACAUGGCGACGAGUGUCUGUUGGGGCAUGUAUGUUUUCGGUAUGAUGAUUACAACAGUGGCGCUCAGCAGUUACUGUCUCGACAGCUACCCGGAGGCGUCCGGGGAGGUCUCGGCGUGGUUGAACAUGGCGCGGACAGUUGGGGGUUUUAUCGUCAGUUAUUUCCAGGUAACGUGGGCUGAGGCGCAGGGCACCAAGUUGAGCUUUGGUAUCCAAGCGGCCGUGUGCGCGGGCGCGUUUUUAUUCAUCAUCAUCCUGCUUCGAUGGGGGAAGGCGAUGCGUGUUUGGGCCGGUCCGUUGAACUUUGCAACCAGUUGA